CUGCAAUGUACAGUACUUACUACGAGACAGAGAUAUAUUAAAUAAUGUUGUGAAUUUAAUAUUUUGUUUUAUGUAAAUAGCAUUUGUUUUAAGUAUUGUUGAUUGAUAGUUUUCUUAAUAUAUAAAAUAUUUUAAAUAUAUGAAUUUUUGCUCAUUAGAAUACAUACUGUAGUUACUGUUCUUCUUCAUUGGUUUGUUUAUAUGCAGAGGUUAUGAAGUUUCGCUGGAUGUAAACUAUUGAAAUAAGCAAUUGAGAUGGUGGGUAAACGUGUUCUGAUCAUUGACAAUGGAUCAUACGAAUGCCGCGUAGGAUGGAGCAUCAAAGAGCCGGAUCUGCGUUUCCGGAAUGUGCUGACCAAGCCGCGCAAGGAUCGAAAAAAGGAAGCUGCACAGCAAGCAUCCGCCGAAGGUUCUUCCACGGCAGCAGCCGUAGAGGCACCUGCCGAAAUCCAGGUUGGCAAUGACAUUACCAACAUUGAGGCAGUGCGCGCCCAUUUAAAGAGUCCCUUUGAGCGAAACGUUAUAACCAAUUGGAAUCAUCAGGAGCAAAUAUUUGACUACAUAUUCACGAAGAUGGGCUUUGAGGGGCAGGAUAAGAUCGAUCACCCGAUUAUACUUACAGAGGCCCUGGCCAAUCCAAGCUUUUGCCGCCAGCAGAUGAGCGAGCUACUCUUCGAAUGCUACGGCAUUCCAGCGGUAUCAUAUGGAAUCGAUGCUCUGUAUAGCUGGGAACACCAUCGGCAGAAGCAGAAGAAGUUAUCCGACGGACUGAUCAUUUCCUUUGGCUACAGUACCACUCAUGUAAUUCCUGUGCUCGGUGGCAAACUCCAGCUAGAGCACGUUCGUCGUCUCAAUGUGGGUGGAUAUCACAUUAUAACCUAUCUGUUUCGGCUCAUGCAAAUGAAGUACCCCGUACAUCUCAAUGCCAUUACCAUUAGUCGUAUGGAAAAACUGGUCCACGAGCACUGUCAUAUUGCCGUGGAUUAUAAGGAAGAACUCAUAAAGUGGGCACAAAUGGACUACUACGAUGAGCAUAUUAUGAAGAUACAACUGCCCUACAAUGCGGUGACGGCGACCAAUGCCAUGCUAACCGCCGAGCAAAAGCAAGAGAAGCGACGGGAAUUGGCUCACCGUCUAAUAGAGAUCAAGAAUCGACGAGAGCGGGAGAAACUACGCGAAGAUGAGCAGCAGUUGUUCGUAUAUAACAAAUUAAGGCAACUGUACGAGCAGAAAAAGCUUGAGAAGUUUGAACGUGCUCUACAGCAACAACAAAUAGGUACGCUAGAAGACUUGGAUUCCCUCAUCGCCACUAUAAACUCCCGUAUCAAGCGUGCCCACGACAGGGCGCAAAGUGCUCCGCGUCCCAGCAAGCAACAGGAAAAGCUGGACAAGAUGCCCAAACCCCCACCGGGUGUGUCUCAGGCGGACUGGUUGGCUGACCUUCACGGUAAACGGGAACAACUACUCCUGCGCAAGCAGGCACGCCGACAGCAGCGAUCCGAGCAGGCCAAGCGUCAUACCCACGCCGCUCAGGAACGAAUGCGUAUCAUAUCGUCGCUGGCCAAAAGCGAGAAACGGCGUAAGGCCAAUGGCGAGGAAGAGGACGACGGUUUUGGGAUGAACGACAACGAUUGGGAUGUUUACAAGCGGAUCAAUCGCUAUAACGAUGACAGUGACUCGGAUGCGGACAACGAAAAGUUGCUGCAGUUUGAUAAGAUACUGAAUCACUACGACGCUAACUUUGACGAUGGGAACUCUAGUAAUCAAGCCCAGAGUGCCGCGGAGAAUUACCAGUUACACUUUGGAGUGGAGGACAUUCGAGUGCCGGAGAUCCUGUUUCAACCUAGCAUGAUUGGCUGCUCGGAGGCAGGUCUAGCGGAACUAAUAGCCUUCGUGCUGAAGCUCUUUUCCGCAGAGGAACAACAGCGCCUAGUGGAACACGUCUACCUGACUGGUGGAUGUGCAAAGUUCAGGGGUCUCAAGGAGCGACUAACUAAGGAGCUGAUGGAAAUGCGGCCAUUCCAAUCGAAAUUCGCCAUUUACGAGUCAGAUGAGCCCACUCUAAGCGCUUGGCUUGGUGCAUGUGGGCACGCAAGGGAACCCCAAUUUAGCAAAACGUUGACUACGCGACAGGACCAUCAGGAGCAUGGCAGCGAGUUCUUCCGAGAGCACAAGGCUAGCAAUCUCUUUUACUCUACACCAAAAGAUUAA